GCGCCACAGGGGGCUGAUGCGGCAAACAAUUUGAGUAGCAUCUCGCUUGCGUACGGAUAAAUAAUUUUCCAGUAAGCGCCGUUAUAAGCCAAUACCCUAGCCUAUCCCUCGGCCCUGGUUCGCCGCAUUCGAUCGGAGCUUGACGUUGUUCAAUAGCCAUGGCGGAUACCUCGGACGCGGUGGAUGUGGGCGGAGCCCAGCCGAAGAAGAGAACGUUUAGGAAAUUCUCCUACAGAGGGGUCGAUCUAGACCAGCUCCUUGACAUGGGCACCGACGAGCUCGUCAAGCUUUUCCCUGCCCGCGCUCGGAGAAGGUUUCAGCGUGGUCUUAAGAGGAAGCCCAUGGCUCUAAUCAAGAAGCUUCGCAAAGCAAAACGAGAUGCACCUGCGGGUGAGAAACCUGAGCCGGUGAGGACUCACCUCCGCAACAUGAUAAUUGUUCCGGAGAUGAUUGGAAGCAUUAUUGGAGUUUAUAAUGGAAAAACUUUCAACCAGGUUGAGAUAAAGCCAGAAAUGAUUGGUCACUAUCUGGCGGAGUUCUCCAUCUCAUACAAGCCUGUUAAGCACGGUAGGCCUGGUAUUGGUGCAACCCACUCAUCCAGGUUCAUUCCACUGAAGUAAACGAAAGAUGAGGAAUCUUGGAACAAAGAAACUAAGAAAGAGUUUUUGCUCCUUGUUUUAUAUUGCUUUUUAGAAAUGGUUGCUGAUGAUUUUUCUUACUUUUGAAUUGGUGAUUUAUUACUUCUCAAGAGGGAUGUUUUAGAAUUGAUAUUUCGGGUUUUAUAUUCCAGAUUGAGUAUGAGGUUAUUUUGUAUGAAUUUUCAGGUUACAUUUCCAUGAUUUAACCGUCUUGUCUAAAAUAUUAAUGCCAAGAUAAUGUCUUGGUUAUUAUUGUUAUGCUCUCUGCAUUUUGUUGUUGCUGUUGCUAUUUGGGCAACUAUAUCUGGUAGGCUGUGGCUUCCUAUAAA